CCGCUCGGCUCGAUGCGCUCGGCAGCGCGUGCAGAUGCAGCGUCAUUCCGCUCUGAUGUUUGAAUGAGAGUCGGUGCUUAACGGUCCGAGCGCGCGCUGCUUCACUCCGGGAAUUAUCUGGGUCUCUGCUCACGCGGACACGGGCACGCGCCAUGCCGCUCUACACCGUGAAUGUGAAGUGGGGUAAGGAGAAGUUUGAGGCGGUGGAGCUGAACACCGAGGAGCCGCCGAUGGUGUUUAAAGCCCAGCUGUUCGCUCUGACUGGAGUUCAGCCUGAUCGGCAGAAGGUCAUGAUCAAGGGUGGAACGCUGAAGGAUGAGGAGUGGGGGAACAUCAAGAUAAAAAAUGGAAUGACGUUCCUGAUGAUGGGUUCAGCGGAAGCGCUGCCCGAGGAACCAUCUGUUCGUCCGAUGUUCGUAGAGGACAUGACAGAGGAGCAACUCGCUUCAGCCAUGGAGUUACCAUGUGGACUGACGAAUUUGGGGAACACGUGCUACAUGAACGCCACGGUGCAGUGUCUCCGCUCAGUGCCUGAACUCAGAGCUUCUCUCAAAAAGUAUUCUGGUGCGUUGAGAUCCUCUGGAGCAAACGCCCCGUCUGAGUACAUCACAGCAGCUCUGCGUGACCUGUACGAGUCCAUGGAUAAAACUUCCUCCAGUAUUCCUCCCAUCAUCCUGCUGCAGUUCCUGCACAUGGCCUUCCCCCAGUUUGCCGAGAAAGGAGAGCAGGGACAGUACCUGCAGCAGGAUGCCAACGAGUGCUGGGUCCAGAUGAUGCGAGUCCUCCAGCAGAAAUUAGAACCUGAAGAGACCGAAACCCCCAUGGAGACAGGUGACGGCAUCGGAGGAGCCGCAGCAUCCCCCAAAAAGAAGAACUUCAUCGACCAGUUUUUCGGCGUGGAGUUUAACACUACAAUGAAGUGCACCGAGUCGGAGGAUGAGGAACCCGUUAAAGGGACCGAGAGCCAGCUGCAGCUUAGCUGCUUCAUCAACCAGGAGGUCAAAUAUCUGGCAACCGGCAUCCGAUUGAGACUACAAGAGGAGCUGACGAAACAUUCUCCGUCACUAGGGAGAGACGCACUCUAUACGAAAACGUCUAAAAUCAGUCGCCUCCCAGCGUACCUCACGGUUCAGAUGGUGCGCUUUUUCUACAAGGAGAAGGAAUCUGUUAACGCCAAAGUCCUCAAGGACGUGAAAUUCCCCCUCAUGCUAGACGUUUACGAGCUGUGCACUCCUGAGCUGCAGGAAAAAAUGGUGUCCAUCAGGUCCAAGUUCAAGGACAUGGAGGACAGGAAGCUAGAGCAGCAGCAGCAGAAAACCAAUAAGAAGCUCGAGGCUCCAAGAGAAGUGAAACGCGAGCCCUUCUCGUUUCCUGACGAUCUGGGCUCCAACAAUAGUGGUUAUUACGACCUGCAGGCUGUCCUGACGCACCAGGGACGCUCCAGUUCCUCUGGUCAUUACGUCGGCUGGGUCAAGAGAAAAGAAGACGAGUGGGUGAAGUUUGAUGAUGAUAAGGUGAGCCUGGUCACGCCAGAGGACAUCCUGAAGCUGUCGGGGGGAGGAGACUGGCACAUCGCCUACGUGCUGGUUUACGGGCCGCGACGUCUUGAAGUCAUGGAAGAACAGAAACAAUAACUCGCGUACACACACGCACGCGUAUAGAAGAUCACGCGUUCUUUACCGCCGUCUCAGCACUGUCUGCGCAAGAUGUGCAAUAAACCCUGGUGUCUUUCAAACCCCACCUCACAUUUACGUCAGCGUGGUCUCUGUGCAGGCUCCGCCUCCAACUACCGGGGCAGCCGUCAUGCGUAUACGUGUUAUUGAUUUUGGAUUUUUUGUUUGUUUGUUUUUUCAACGUGUCCAUCUUAUUCGGAUUUAAGCGGAAUUCUGGUCUUAUGGAAAGAAGAGUUGAGAUUAAAAAAGGGAAAAGGUUAUGUUUUAUACGCAUGUUUUAUUUUAUAUAUAAAAAAAGAUGUGAAUAAAACAGUCAUCAAAUAGAGUGAAAAAUGGAUUGAAUGGUGGCAAAACGUACCUAGCGCAAGUGACAAGCUAGCAAACCACAGAUGAAACUCGACUCUGGUCGAAUGCCGUGUGUUUGCUAGCUCACCAAAGUAAAACUAGCUACGGAGUUAUAUUUGUGCCACAUUAAUCAGUUUGUAAUUAAAGUAUUCGUCUAGAUUUGCAUUCUGUCAAACCUUUAAACAAUCCUAUUCAACUCAUUGUCGCAGUGUGUCACGCCAUGGAAAUCGGAUACAAUUUUACAAACGCUAGUGGCACAAACGUCACAUUCCAUGCUAGCUCACGUGACAGGAUUAAGAACGCAUAAAAAAAUGCUGCUUUAAAAAUAUAUAAUUACAAUCUGUAGAGAUGCCUUCUGACUGAAACGUUAUUCUACCCGACAGGUAAGGUGACGUCAUGUCCGGGUAUUUGCACAGGAUUAAACACAUCCAUCUCAUAGCCCAGGUGUACUCUGGAGCAGGUAUGAGGUGAUCACUCUUAAAAAUAUAUAGUACGGUUUACAUUUUCAUAUAAAUAAAAAAAGACGCAGACUUGUUUUUCCAGAUGUACUCAAAUUUGUCCAAAAUCGCGGACAUAAGUUGCUAAGUGGGGACUGGUUAUAAAUCACCACAGUUUUUUUUUUCUCUGCGAUUGUAACAGCAAAUUUUUCAGAUUAUUUAGCAGCUCUUUCAUAGACAUGAAAAGUGCAAACAAUUUCAUCUGACAAAAAAAUAAAUAAAAAGGUUUCGGCCGGCUUUAAAAGAUUGCUUUUUUUCACGCAAGUAUUUUCUACGUUCUAAACUCGGGGAGUUCCAUUUACUAAAUCUCAGAUUUCGACUAACCUGUCCUCCAUGUAGAGGGUGCCAUUACUUUUGCUAUAAUUGUUAAAAUGUAUGGAGUUUUUGGAAACACUUUGAGGUUUCUGGAUUUUUACCAACUGCCAGAAAAAAUAAACAAAAACAAACAUGCUUCUCACACACACACGUACUUCAGCCUGAAUGGAUUCCUUGCUCAUGAUCUCCAGAUCAUUCGUUUGUACGCCUUAAAGAAUCAUUUCAACCAAAAGUAACCGUGCUCUUGGACUACAUUUCAGGGAAUCCCGUACGAGACAAACUCAAGCAUCCCAGACUGAUUUAAGAGUACAGGGUGUGCUAUUACUUUGUGCUUGAUUUUAACACAUCUCUGUUUAAAUUAUUGACUGCUGGCUUUUUUCAUGAUAAAAAAAAAUUAAUAACCCAUCAUCUCUGUAUGACCUGAACACAAUAAAGUGACGCCGAUGGUAUUGAACCGUGCGAAUGCAA